AUGAACGUGAAUCCGCAUCUAUACACAUCAUCGCCUCAGAUUUCUCAGUUGCAGAUACUUCAAAGGCAGCAGCUACUACAGGAACAGGGCACCCCGUUAUCGCAGCAACAACAUUUAACAAAUGGUACGGGGUUGAGUGCCAAUCCGGUGUUGCAACAGUUACAGCUUCAACAAUUGCAACAGCAACAGCAACAGCAGCAACAACAGCAACAACAGCAGCAGCAGCAACAACAACAACAGCAACAACAGCAACUUGCAAUUCCAAUAAUCAAGGAGGUGUGGGCUCACAACCUUGAGUACGAGUUUAACAACUUGCGCAAGUUUAUCAACGACAAGAGUGCAACGAUAUACGCUGCCAUACAUCAGGAGACACCCGGCAUUGUUGCGAGGGCAAUUGGAUCGUUCAAGACAAACACCGACUACCAUUUCCAAACAAUAAGGUGUAACUCUGACUUGUUGAAUCUAAUACAAUUUAGUAUCUGUUUUAGUAAAGACGGGGGCAACCCUGUAAUUUGGCAGUUUAACUUUGCAUACGACUUGACCAAGGAGAUGUACAGUGAGGAACAUUUGGCCAUGUUGGCACAGCAAUCGUCGAUAAACUUCUCAGCACACAUGUCUCGCGGAAUAAAGCAUUUCGAGUUUGCCGAAUUGUUGAUUGAUAGUGGGUUGUUACUAGACAACUCUAUCAACUGGGUAUCCUACCACGCAGGGUAUGACUUGGGCUUUCUUAUAAGCUUGCUAAUGAACGACAGUCUUCCUGUGGAUGAGCAAGAGUUCCACUGGUGGUGUGACAAGUAUUUCCCUAACUUUUACGAUUUAAAGUACAUCGGUAACCAAGUUUUAAGCUCUGACGAUAAGAUGAAUAAGCCGUCGAUUGAGUAUUUGGCAGAGGAGUUGCACUUGCUACCAAUAUCUCCCAGUAUAAGGCAACUUUUUGGCAAUGCUGGCCAACCACUGCAACACCCUACAUCGACACUACACGCAUAUUUAUCCAUGGAGUGUUUUAAAGAGUUGUUGAGACAAUCAGUUGACCCAACGAGGUUUAAAGGGUACAUCUGGGGAUUGGGAAAGGAGUAG